AUGGACAGACUCCGCCGACCGGAAUCCUUCGAUGAUGUGUCUGCAGAGGGGCUGUUCCGUGCCACCACCGUGCCGGCGAUCCUCGCCAAGCAGGGAGCCAUCUUCAUGCAAGGUUUGCCAGGUCUCCUCGAAGCAGGUGGCCUUCACUCCGCGAUGACUCCGACUAAGCAGGAGGUGCUUCAAGCAGGAUCCUUCAUCUUCGACUCCUCUUCCCGCGCCAACUCUCGGGUGGACGUUUUUGUAAGCCAUUGCUGGAGCUCGGGCCGCUGGAAGAAGUUUCUGGCGCUGUGCCUCUACUUCAACCUGGCAGCAGCUGUCCUCUGCUCCCUGACCGCCUGGCUUCUGGCGAUAGCGGGCAUGAUCGCCUACGCGCAUGGAGAACCCGGAAAGCUUGGGGGCAACCACCUCUUGCUGCCCAUCUUGGUUCACUUUCCGAUCGUGGUUUUUCUCGUGGUCUUGAUUUUCGGCCAGCAUGCUGUGCAUUGCUUGCGGCCCAUAUCGAUGUGGGUGGACCGGGCAUGCAUUCACCAGACAGACCUCGACUUCAAGCAUCGUCAGAUCCAAGCGCUCCCUGUCUUCGUCGCACGGUCCUCCUCCAUGGUGGUGCUUUGGGAUGAUGAAUACUUCAGUGAUCGCAGUGGCCAUGGAGCGGGCCAACAGGCGGUUUGCAGACGUUUGAAUGAGAAAGCGGACAGUUUGGCGACGCGGCAGCUUGCGCUGUUCAAGGGCGGCUUUGAGGACAAGGUGCGGCACUACAAGUUGUGUGGAGAUUGGGCUGCUUUGGCGCAUCGCGCCCAGCUGGAAAGGACUGCACCAUAUCGGGAAGCGCUUCUCGAUUCCUAUAAUCAUCCGCGUGCCCGCGCUUGCAGGUUGAUCGUUGGGUUUCACGGUUUCACUGGGAUGAGAUGCAUGCGCAUUCGCGCUUGCUUGUGCAUGGCCGUGCCUUCGGGCGCGGGAGAGCAUCUCUUCGGAGGUGCCAGUCUGCUGUCGCGUUUCAACAACAACAACAACAUGAUGAAUACUUCAGGAAGCUUUGGUGUCAACUAG